CCCUUCGCCUUUUGUUCGGUUACUGAGUUGCUGCCUUGGCCAGAGUCCGGAGCAGCCGCCGCCCGAGCGCGCCGAGCUCAGUUCGCUGCCCGCGCCGGCUCCCAGCCCGGCCCGACCCCUACCCAGCCCGGCCAGGCUCCACACGCAGCAGCUACCAUGGACGUGAUAAACCUGAUUGAACAACCCAUCAAGGUGACCGAGUGGCAGCAAACGUACACCUACGACUCGGGCAUCCACUCAGGCGCCAACACCUGCGUGCCCUCAGUCAGCAGCAAGGGCAUGAUGGAGGAGGACGAGGCCUGUGGGCGCCAGUACACGCUCAAGAAGACCACCACCUACACCCAGGGGGUGCCCCAGAGCCAAGGUGACCUGGAGUACCAGAUGUCCACGACGGCCAGAGCCAAGCGGGUGCGGGAGGCCAUGUGUCCUGGCGUGCCGAGUGAGGAGAACUCGCUGCUGCUGGCCACCCAGGUGGAGGGGCAGACCACCAACCUGCAGCGGCUGGCCGAGCCAUCCCAGCUGCUCAAGUCGGCCAUCGUACAUCUCAUCAAUUACCAGGACGACGCUGAGCUGGCCACCCGUGCCCUCCCCGAGCUCACCAAACUGCUCAACGAUGAGGACCCGGUGGUGGUGACCAAGGCAGCCAUGAUUGUCAACCAGCUGUCGAAGAAGGAGGCGUCGCGGCGGGCACUGAUGGGCUCCCCGCAGCUGGUGGCGGCCGUCGUGCGUACCAUGCAGAACACCAGCGACCUGGACACAGCCCGCUGCACCACCAGCAUCCUGCACAACCUCUCCCACCACCGCGAGGGGCUGCUGGCCAUCUUCAAGUCAGGCGGCAUUCCUGCCCUGGUCCGCAUGCUCAGCUCCCCUGUGGAGUCGGUCCUGUUCUAUGCCAUCACCACGCUGCACAACCUGCUGCUGUACCAGGAGGGCGCCAAGAUGGCGGUGCGCCUGGCCGAUGGGCUGCAGAAGAUGGUGCCCCUGCUCAACAAGAACAACCCCAAGUUCCUGGCCAUCACCACCGACUGCCUGCAGCUGCUGGCCUACGGCAACCAGGAGAGCAAGCUCAUCAUCUUGGCCAACGGAGGACCCCAGGUCCUCGUGCAGAUCAUGCGCAACUACAGUUAUGAGAAGCUGCUCUGGACCACCAGCCGUGUGCUCAAGGUGCUGUCCGUGUGUCCCAGCAAUAAGCCUGCCAUUGUGGAGGCCGGUGGGAUGCAGGCUCUGGGCAAACAUCUGACGAGCAACAGCCCCCGCCUCGUGCAGAACUGCCUCUGGACCCUGCGCAACCUCUCGGAUGUGGCCACCAAGCAGGAGGGCCUGGAGAGCGUGCUGAAGAUUCUGGUGAACCAGCUGAGUGUGGACGACGUCAACGUCCUCACCUGCGCCACGGGCACCCUGUCCAACCUGACAUGCAACAACAGCAAGAACAAGACGCUGGUGACGCAGAACAGCGGCGUGGAGGCGCUCAUCCACGCCAUCCUGCGCGCCGGCGACAAGGACGACAUCACGGAGCCAGCUGUCUGUGCCCUGCGCCACCUCACCAGCCGCCACCCUGAGGCUGAGAUGGCCCAGAACUCUGUGCGCCUCAACUACGGCAUCCCGGCCAUUGUUAAGCUGCUCAACCAGCCCAACCAGUGGCCGCUGGUCAAGGCUACCAUUGGCCUGAUCAGGAACCUGGCCCUAUGCCCAGCCAACCACGCCCCACUGCAGGAGGCCGCGGUCAUCCCCCGCCUCGUCCAGCUGCUGGUCAAGGCCCACCAGGAUGCCCAGCGCCAUGUGGCUGCAGGCACACAGCAGCCCUACACAGAUGGCGUGAGGAUGGAGGAGAUUGUGGAGGGCUGCACUGGAGCCCUGCACAUCCUCGCCCGGGAUCCUAUGAACCGCAUGGAGAUCUUCCGACUCAACACCAUUCCCCUGUUUGUGCAGCUCCUGUACUCCUCGGUGGAGAACAUCCAGCGCGUGGCCGCCGGGGUACUGUGCGAGCUGGCCCAGGACAAGGAGGCAGCCGACGCCAUUGAUGCUGAGGGGGCGUCGGCCCCACUCAUGGAGCUGCUGCACUCACACAACGAGGGCACCGCCACCUACGCCGCUGCCGUCUUAUUCCGCAUCUCCGAGGACAAGAACCCAGAUUACCGUAAGCGCGUGUCUGUGGAACUCACCAACUCCCUCUUCAAGCAUGACCCGGCUGCCUGGGAGGCUGCCCAGAGCAUGAUCCCCAUCAAUGAGCCCUACGGAGAUGACAUGGAUGCCACCUACCGCCCCAUGUACUCGAGCGACGUGCCCCUGGACGGCCUGGACAUGCACAUGGACGUGGACGGGGACUAUCCCAAUGACGCCUACAGCGACGGCCUCCGGCCCCCCUACACCAUGGCGGACCACAUCCCGGCCUAGCCGCUUGGCCCCAGUACGGUGCCUUCCACUUUGCAGCCCUCCCUCAUGCCUGCGAGCUGCUGAGACAUGCUUUCCCGUCCUUCUAGAAUCUUCUGCUCUAGGAGGCCCUCCCUUCUAGAACCUCCUUCUCUAGGAGGCCUUCUCUUCCUUCUAGAACCUCCUUCUCAUGGAGGCCCUCUCAUGUUUCUGUUGAAACCCUGGCUCCUUUUUGGGGGGAGCAAGUAUGGGGCCUUUUGCUGUGAGUUCCCCUGAGGAAGGCAAGGCGUGCCUUGGCUGCCUUAUUCUGUUAUCUUUGCUGGUGGCAAGGAGUCCUGCCCCUUCUGUGGGUAGCAGGCAGGUGACACAGGGUGGCAUGAGCUGUAGGGGCCAUAGGCCUGCCCUGACCCCGCUACGUCUGCCCCACCCCCCAGGUGCGGCUCCUUGUCGGAGAGGCUAUGUGCAGGCGGUGGGGCAAGACAGAAAAGGGCCUGAGCCAGGGGCAGUGGGGCCGUGAUUUCCUACCAAGCCCCACGCCUCCAGGGGGCUCCAGAGGGUCCUGUGGCCCUAGCCACCACAGCUUUAGACUCAAACCACCCACUCUGUUGUCCCCUGCUGGCCCUCUGGGCUGCCCCGGUCUCCACAGGGCUGUGUUUCCUGCUCUGGGUCUGAUUUUUUUCACUGAACUCCACCUGACCAACAGUCCUGAGCCCCGUGGGGUCUCCAGGACCCAAGUUAAGACCCAAAGUCCCAGAAUCCAAAGCUUCUCCUGAAAAGUUCAGGGACCGUGCGGGAACAUGGGGUGGAGAUGUGGAGAGAGUCCCCCGCUCGCUCCAGGAUGCUGCCCACCUCUUUCCAGGACACUGAUUGGCUUGGCCCCCUCCUGGGGGGGGGGGCCCGUGGACCCACACGACUGCCCUAGCUGACCCCUGAGAAGUGCUCUUGGCUGACCCCUCUGGUGUGCGGUGAGGGGCUCUCUUCCCCUUCCUGUUUCAGACUCCCGCCACCACCUCCUGCACAUGGGGGUGGGGGCUGGGGAGGUCCUGGCGGAGAGUUUUAUUAUUAUCGCUUUAUGUUUUUGGUUAUUGGUUUUUUUGUAUAGACCAAAGCAAAGAAAAUAAAACUAACACACAGA